CAGCAGGAGGAUCAGUUCACAAAAUCCUCCCGGACAAAACCUCCCCGACGACGACGUUUCCGGCCACCAAAUCUUCGUAAAACAACAAAAACACCGUUUUAAAGUAGAAAUAAUUACAUUUCUAUUAUUCUUAUUCGCUUAUUAAUUAAAAUGAACAAUUCUUCUUCAACUGAAGUUCCUCUACAACCUUCAGUCGAACAACUGAUCGCAAAAAUCUGUACGGACAGAUGUAUACAACCGCCUGACCUUAUGGCCCGGCGGUUACUCUCGAAGCUCACCGAAGCAUCGGCGAUCGAAAUUCUGAAUAAAAUUUCCAGCUCGUGUAAUAUCCGUACUUUUUCCGGUUACAUUGUUUUCAUGGUGGAACGGGUGAAUUCAGUCGACUGUGUUUUACCGCAGAAGCGUUCGCCUCCGGUUUCGAUCACUAGUGGCAAUCCUCAAAGCGCAGAACAUGGACACUUCAUUUCUCCAAAUUCAAUGCAACACUCACCCGGUUCUAGUUCUGGUUCAAACCCGACUACCAUUCCUGACAACUUCCCUAUGUCUCCAAACGAAGGCUAUGGUUCUUUUGUUUCAAAGAGAAUGACAUCCUUGCUAAUUUCGGAACCGAAGGAUGCAAGUCCAAACAAUGCCACCUAUCACUUGGGUGAAUCUUCAAAGACCAUAAACCUGGUCCCAAAACAACUUGUAUUCUCAACAGGUUAUGAUUUAGACUAUACAAAUCAUCGUAAUGUAAGUCAACGAUUGUUUGACUCUCCAAAUAGCAGUCAUGGUUUCUCAGUGGUCCAAAAGCAACAUACGCUCUCACCAUGUUCAAGUUCAAAUGGUACACGCACCCACAACGGUUCUCCAAUGUCAGAUCAGCGUAGUUUAUCACCCUGUGUGAGCACUGGAAGCCUGACAAAUAGUCUGGCAAUAAGUCAGCAGUCAUUACUUCUUAAUGAGCUCGAAUUCAGGAAAUUGUUCUUGGUAUAUAGUUAUGUAGGGAGGAAAAAGCUUGAAGAUGUGGUUUCUGUUGAAGAUGCAAUUGAGAUAAAGAAAAUGAAAACAGUGUCGAUGUUUGAUUUCGAAGCUAAAAUUUGGGCCAAUUAUGGUUGGAAAUUUUGUGAACCAUGUGAUAGGGCUAUGCAUCUUGAUUGGGAUUCUGGAAAGACUCAUCUUUAUCGUUGCUACGUGAGUGUUGACGGAACUUGCUGGUUCAAGGGACCGUAUCUUGAUACAAAAAGGACUCACUUACAACGGGAACUUGGCGAUGAAAACGUGUUGAUUAUCCAAUUUGCAGAUGAUCCAAACAUGUCCGAUAUCCCGUCCAAUCAUUGUAACUGGUCUGCGGCUUACAACACGAUUUCUGGUGGGAUUUCAAUUGGUUUGCGUCAUUAUCGUCUUUUUGCGUUUAAAGAUGUAGAUAAGAAGAAUUUUAAAGGCGACAAUUCUAAGAAACAACGGCCAAAAUGGGCGAUGAAAUGUUACUUUAUUAGAACAGAUUCUCAUGCACCAUGGGCUGAGAAAGACAAUUGCAUUUUGUUCAGAAAAACUAGCCACGAAGCAAGGUGUCUGUUUAUGCAUGUGCACAUGGUCUCUAGCAUGGCCAAAUACAUCUCUAGAUGUUCACUUGCCCUAUCAAAUUCAGUAAAGCUCCGUGUUGAUCUUGCUUGUGUGCAUGUUGAAAGAAUCGAAGACAUCCCUUGUCGUGAUGAAAAUGGCUAUGUUGUUUGUAAUGAAGAAGGGGAACCAUUGAUUCAUACAGACGGGACGGGAUUUAUAUCGGAAGAUUUAGCAAUUUUGUGUGAAAAAGAUUUCAUUGAAGCUAAGGGCACAAAGGAAGACAAUUAUAAACUUGAAGAGGAGUCAAUCAAAGAAUCUUGCAUUAGAGAACCGCCUUUGCUUGUCCAAUGCCGAUUGUUUAAGGAAGGUUGUGCUGUCAAAGGAACUCUUCUUGUAAAUAAAAAGCUCAAACCCCGAACAAUUCAAGUCAGACCCUCAAUGAUAAAGGUUGAGAAAGAUGCUAGACUUUCAGAUUCAACUUCAUUCAGCUCGUUGGAGAUAUGUUCCGUAAGUCGUAAACCGAGGACAGCUAAUCUAUCAAAGAACUUGAUAGCACUUUUAAGCGUAGGAGGCGUUCCCAAAAAUUACUUUUUGGAAUUACUGGAAAAUACGUUGCAAGACGCCCAGAAAGUAUCCUCAAGUUUGCGUGCAGCACUUAGAGUGGGCUUAAACUAUGGACAAAUAGAUAAUUCUUCAACUUCAGUAGCAAUGAUCGGGUCUGGAGUUCCGCUUGAAGAACCUUAUCUUCAAUACCGUCUGUCGAUUUUGGCAAAUGAAGAACGGAAAGGGCUUCGUGCUGGAAGGAUUCCAGUUAAUGAAAGUUAUUAUUUAAUAGGGACUGCUGAUCCGACUGGAACCUUGAACAAUGAUGAAGUUUGUGUUAUUCUAGAGAAUGGUCAAAUAUCAGGAAAGGUUCUGGUUUAUAGGAAUCCAGGCCUUGACUUUGGUGACGUACACAUUUUAACUGCAAAAUAUGUUGAGAAAAUGGAGGAAUUUGUCGGAAAUGCUAAAUAUGGUAUUUUCUUCUCGACAAAGGGCAAGCGAUCAGUGGGAACCGAAAUUGCGAAUGGUGAUUUUGAUGGAGAUUUGUAUUGGGUUUGUAGAAACCCACAGUUAUUACAUUACUUCAAAGCGAGUGAACCGUGGAAACGGAAAUACUCAACCCCGAGUAAACCGAGCAAGAAACCUGGUGAGCUUUCAUAUGACGAAUUGGAGACUGAGAUUUUUUCUCUGCUUUUUGCAACACAAAAACACAGUAAGGUAGCUGGUACAGCAGCCGACAGCUGGAUGGCCUAUAUGGAUCAAUAUCUUAGUUUGGGAGAAAAUGAUGUUGAUGAAAAGCGUCGGAUCAAAGACAAAAUGAUGAAGUUAGUUGAUUUGUUCUACGAUGCGCUAGAUGCACCAAAAAGCGGGAAAACGGUUGAUAUUCCUCAAAGUUUAUUGUCACGGAAAUAUCCGCAUUUUAUGGAGAAGUAUGUCAACAAAUCAUAUAAUUCUUCUUCUGUUUUAGGAGAAAUUUACGAUAGAGCAAUCGCGUAUCAACCUGAUAAUGCAUUGAUACGAGAAAUCUGGAAAUUACAGUGUUUUAAUGUGGAGAUACCAGACCGCGUUUUAAAUUUGUGGAAGAACCGGUACGAUUCGUACAAGUACGAAAUGUCUACAGCCUUGCAAUCUGGAGACGAAUCGAAAAACAACUCUGCAAAUAUCGUGAUAACUAAUUAUAAGAAGAUGUUAUAUGAGGCUGAGGAUUUUGCAUCAAGUACUAGGAAAAUCGAGGAUAUUUACAACGAUGCCCUUGCGAUUUAUCAUGUAAGUUAUGACAAUGCUAUCAAGUGUGGGGAUGUUAGAAAGUGCGGGUUUGCGUGGAAGGUUGCUGGCGAGGCUUUGUGCUCGUUUCAUGAAUCGAAAACCCCUGGAAGAUCGAUUUCUUUCAAAACGAAUGUAUUAUCUAAGUUUAUUUAGUUCCACGACAUGUUUUAGGGAUGUGAAGGAUUUGUUGUAACAUUUGAGUCUUCUUGUAAGCCAAUGUCAUUGUAUCUAUAGUAGUGGCGUUCGAUGUAAUAUAUACUAACUUCUUUGUACAACCGAAUAUCUAUAGUAGUAGCGUUCGAUGUAAUAUAUACCAAAGUGCAGUUUUAUA